UUCUUUUCAUAUUAUGAAAAAAGGGUCCAUCCCAAAACCUGUACAAUAAAAAGUACUCCAUUGGAGUAUGAUGUUGCUAAAGCAUCCUAUAAAUCAAAUUAACACAAUACAUAACAAUCUAGAACAAAACAACAAUCCAAUAGACUCCAUCCAAGCAGCUUCCCAGCCAAAGCAUCUUCCAAAUUUCCAUAACCUAAUGAACUAAAUAAUAUCUUGAACCAAAAAAAGACAGUAAAUUCAAAGUUAGCUCUCAAUAUCGAGUUUCCAGUGUCUAAAAAUAUUAAAUGAUAGAAAGAAAAACCAUCAUUAUGCAAAUUUUAUACAUACAGUUGGUGCAUUUUACCACUGGCUUACAAGGCAGCAGCUGUAUGAACAGUCUUUUGUCAUCAAUGCCAACCAAUAUAAAUAGGAGAUAAAAUAGAAGCAAGAAAAUGGAAGUUCUUGAGAAAACAUGUUAGGAGUAAUAUUAAUAAGAAAAAGAAACUGCAUGCUGGGAGUAAUCUUACUUAGUAAGAUAUAUAAAAUCAUCAUUAUGCAAAUUUUAACAUAUAUACGUAUUUGGAUUCUGCAUGAGUUUCACAUUAUAGGUUGUGUACUUAAAAAUCAAUACCUUGGUUUCUGUGCAAGCAGAGUCCCUAGCAAGUGUUCCCAAGUUCACUUUAAUUCACCCAUUAAGUCGACGGAGCAAUAAACAAACAGGCCCUACUUUUUAUUCCAUGCAGCAAGAACAAACAUUGUAGAGUCACAAACAAUGCCUAUGAACUUGAAACAGAGCAUCAAUGUAAAUCAUUAUCUAGAAAUUGGGUAGUAUGAUACUUAUUUUUUCUAGAAAAGAAAUAUAAUAGCACGUUGCUCACUAGUGGGUUAAAAGAACGAAAGUGAAAGUUCAAGAUGGUUAGUUUGUGGAUAUUUUAAGGUGUUUUAUGUGUCAUAAGUGAAUUUACUAUUAAGAGAAAUAACAUAAUAGGUAAAGGAUAUACCCUAUGGUGAUUAACUACAACCAACAUUGUGUUGUGCGUCGUAGUUGGGGAGGGGGGAAAGUUAACACCUUAUUUGAAACACAUAUAAUUCAAGUGGCACUAAAACAAUGAGGAAGAAACAUUAUUUGCUCAAAAACAGAAUCCAAUGUUAUAAUUUGAGAAGAUAGUACCUUCUCAAUUUUUACAGCCAGCUCAAGUUCCAUGAUUGUUUCCUAAAUUAUAUGCAAAAAUAUUAUUUCCAAUGCAGCCUUUUCAGAACCCCUUCCUAUCAAUUUAAAAUAUUGCUUUAGAGAUUCCCAUCCAUGGUCAUUAACUCACUGACUUAAUUUGAAAAUUUCCAAUUUUAAAAUUGGAAAGAGGAAUAUGAAACAUUAUAAUAUAUAAGUCUGAACUACAAAGUGCAACGAUGAUUCCUUUCAAAUAGAACAACAGAAAAUACCACAUUAUCUAGCCAAAAAAAAGAAUUUAGUUGACAAAAUAACCAUCACCAUGUAUACCUUAAACCUCACGGCUUCAACUGCAAUAACACAUCUCAGAUAGAGGAUUGAAAGUGUGAAAUUUGAGAAAGAACUUUUGCAGUUUCUAGUUUGUUCAUGAAUUAUAUCUACAAGUUUUCUCCUUUGAAAACCUAUUUAGUCCCCUCCUAAAGUACCAAAAUUAAAAACUUAUCAAGAAAAGGUAACAAACAAAUAAAUGUUGAGAAAUUAAACCUUUAGCCUGAUACUAUCUUCAGGAGUCCCAAACCACCUCAAACAAAUUGAAUAAAAAAAACUUUUCAAGAAAAGGCAACAAACAAAUAAAGGUUGAGAAAUUAAACCUUUAGCCUGAUACUAUCUUUAGGAGUCCAAAACCACCUCAAACAUUUCACUUCCAUCUUAACACUAAUUGAAUGUUUAGUCCAAAUGAGCAUAUUAACCUACGAAGUAAAAAACAAAGAAAAUCCAAAGUAACGGUGGCUCAUUCUUUAACUUAUCUAAAACUUAAAAGUAAUCAAGGUAUUUUAAAAAGUGGAAGUUAAAAAAAAAAAGAAGGCAUAGAGCAACAGAAUGAAAUACCCAAUUGUGGAAUAUCUAGAGUCGUCAAUUUUGGAAUGAGGCCAAUUGGUAUAUGCACUGCUUGAAAUUGAAAUCAUGGGGAUCUGAAUCUAAAACUCCAUAGUAGAAAAUUUUGUUUUUUCUGGAUUUAGAGUCAAAAUUAAAUGGAAAGAAUUGAAGAGUGACGCCUUCGCAUAGAAACGAAACAUAUACCUUAACAGGAGGUUGAAUAGAAGGAAAUAGAAAGCAUGACCGCCGGAAGGAAGGGGCGACGAAGACCGGAUCAUCAUCGGCGGAUCAGGGUUGGCAGCGGCUAGCGGCUGGAGAAGAGGCUAGCGCAAAAUGAUGGAGAGAGAAAGAGGCUAGGGUGAGAUUGGAGAGGGGAAAAUAAAAUUAGGCGACUUUA